UUGAGAAGAUCCACCAAAGAUUAGGCUCCUAGUGUCCGUAGUUUAUCCGCCCUGACCCUCGCGAACUUCAAUUUUGAACGCACCAAAAACCACACCCUCGGCCAACUUGAACAUUGAACUUGUCGCCUUUCCCUUCCACGCAGUCGCCCACCACAACACCGACACAAUGUCUGCGCCGACGACGAAGAAGUUCGCCAAGGGCGAGAGAUCCGUCCCCCAUCACUCGCAGAAGGCCCAGAAGUGGUAUGCGGCAGACGAUGACGCCACUAACAAGCACGUCCGCAAGUCCAUCCGUGCCUGGAAGCCCCGUCAGUCCCUCGAGGCUGGCACCGUUCUGAUCCUGCUCGCUGGCCGAUUCCGUGGCAAGCGCGUGGUCCUCCUCAAGACCCUCGAGCAGGGUGUUCUACUCGUUACCGGCCCCUUCAAGAUCAACGGCGUUCCCCUGAGACGAGUUAACUCCCGAUACGUCAUUGCCACGUCUCAAAAGGUUGACCUGCAGGGUCUCGACCAGAAGAAGAUCGACGAGGUUUCGCAAGUGUCGUACUUCACCCAGGACAAGGUCAAGGACAAGGCUGGUGAGGAGGCGUUCUUCAAGCAGGGCGAGAAGCCUCAGAAGAAGGAGAUCAGCAGCAGCCGUGCUGCAGACCAGAAGGCAAUCGACAAGGCUUUGAUUGCCAGCAUUAAGAAGGUCGAUAUGCUCGCCAGCUACCUUGCAAGCUCUUUCAGCUUGCGCAAGGGUGACAAGCCCCACGAGAUGAAGUGGUAAAUUCCCGGGCAUGAUGGGGAUUUGUUACUUUAAAGGGAAACGUUCUAGAGGUCGCGGAUGACGGGUUCGCGGAACUGGGCUGGCAUAGCAGCAACUUGCAUCUGGACGUUGAUGGACUCGGCUACAUUGAUUAUGGCGUCUGUAUUGAGGUUCUACAGUCAACAAAAGAGCAUAAGACACAAUGUCGUGGUUUUUCGGUUGACGACUGGCGUGAUGGUGUAUUGGUGACAGAAUUGUUCGUGCAAGGGCGUACAAACGGACCAAAAGCAUUUCCAAUUGACUUAAGUGCAACUCACAGGCCCCAGCCAGUCGCCUCCCGCUUUAUCCAUUAAUGAAAGUGCAAGUUCACCAGACUCAAACUGAAUGAUUUCUAAUGCUGACCGCUACACACUUGUAUAACAAAGCUAACCCUGGGUUUGCGAGAACUCGGUUUGACAAUGCCAAAUAAUUGUCACAAUAGAACAAAUUAAGCCCUGAAGAUGCGGAAUA